UGCAAGUUAUUAUUGUUGCUAGACUUUACAGGUGUCAUUUUUCUUUACAUAUUUUUGUUUGUUUGUCAUCCAAGUCAUAUCACUAUAAAAAAUGCAAUGCCGUCAAGGAGAGAAUUUUCAUGAAAGCGUGUAGAGUAAGAAAGAUUAUUUCGAAUAGUUUAAUUAAAAUAGCAAGUUUAAAAAACCACGCGAAGAGUUAUAGUAAAAAACAGAAAAUGUUAGUAUCUUCGUUGGUUACCUGGAUGAUAGGUGUGGAAGGCGUUAGUAAAAGUGUUAGUAGAGGACGUUGAAUGUAGAAGGGGUAGGAGAUAGACAGAGAUAGAGAGAUAGAUAAAGAGUGGAAGACAGGGUAAGAGAGGGAGAGAGAGAGAGAUAGUAUAAGGGGAAAGCAGCAUAAUUGCAGGUAUAAAGAUGCAUUUGGUUAAUGAGAUUGUAAGGUAUGUGCCAGCUGGAGUAACAAUACCAACUUCAUUGUCACCCCCAACACCAGUAUACCUGUGCGUGGAUAAUAUUAAUACAAAUGCUUCACCUAUCAGUAUUCCAUCUUCAAGUAUGGAGAUGGUAUGGCAUGGGGAAUUCGAUCGGCUGUUUUGUCAAUACUUCCCAGACCAAUGGCACCUCUUGUCCACUCAUUACCCACCAAGUAAUCGAUGGAGAACCUUUAAAGACAGUGCGAAAGUCAGAUUUUCUUGUCAGCAAUGUGGUCAUGGUUGGACUUCGAUGAAAGGCAGAGUUAUAUUUUGGUUUCAUUUGAAUUUCGCAACUAGUUCUGGUUAUGUGAUGUUUAAAUUAUAUGGCCAACAAUGCAUGCGAUGUAAAAAUGGUUGUUAUGAACCAGCAAUGUGGUACCCUGAAGAAGUUGUAAAAAUCAGAAGCCAUACAAUUCCUCAAUGAAAAUUUCCUCAAUGAAAUACCAGAGCGAAUAGAUAAAAAUAAAUUACUGCAGGAAUUAAAUUUAUCGCACAAAAUGAUUUUUUCAACUUUAGUGACAACAUUUACGAACAAAUACCUCGAACUGCAAUGAGAAUGGUGGUUGCCCCAACGUACACCAAUUUGGUCAUGGCAUCCGUUGGCGUCCAAAUAUGCGAACAAUCCAGACUGAAGUACCACAUCGACUUCUCCAAAUUAUCUAUUAAAAAAUUGGAGAGAUAACUUAGAUGACUACUUCAUUCUGGUUUUGACCAACUUAUUGAUUUCAAAAUUUUGAUUAAUAAACAACGGGAAUAAUAAACACUAUGGAAUAGAAAAUCGACUGUCCUUCCUGGAUAUCUUAAAAAUAAAAAAAGGAUAUAAAUAUUGAAACUGACAGCCACUACAAAUAUACAGACUCUUAAAAAUGCUUAUUAAACUCUUGCGAUGCAAAACAUACGAAAACGAAUGUAACUGUUUCAUCUAUAACGAAGAAUAUAUUCAUUCAUUUCGAAUUUUGAAACUCAAAAUAUAAGACUCCAAGAAUUAUACCAAAUUCUACUUGAAACCCAGUCUUCGAAAAAAUUAUUAAUGUAAUAGAACGUGACAAGGCAAAAGAGGUUUAAGAAUCACAUAUUACAAAAAUAAUGCGCCAAAUAUUCUGCCUUACGUCACAACAGAUAACUCGAGAAAAACAGAAACAUUCAAUGCAAGAUCGAAGAAUGAAACAAGCACUCGAAAUACACAAAAUAAUCAAAAGCAAAAAACAACCUAAAUUUCUAAAAGUAUUGCUUACUAACGCCAAAUUAUCCACCGCUUACACAACACCUAUACUAAAAAAAAAAUGCGGUCAGCCUGACUGCAGAAUUUGCAUCAACAUUAUAGAAGACAUUAUAAAUUCACAUCAGAACAUAUUUCACUGGAAAAAAAAUCUCUUCAUUUGUACAUCAAAAAUCUUAAUUUAUACUACAAAAUGUAACAGCUGUAAUGAAGAUUUCACAAGGUAAAAGAAGCGCUCCGCAAGAAACAAGACUGGGUAUUCAUAGGCAGUAAAUACUAAAUUCUAAUGACGGGACAGAUUCUGCUAAGUGAACACCUAAGAUUUACGUGCAACAAACAAAUCACCAAAAUUCCUAGCAUGGCAAUUUAAGCCAGAAUUUCUCUAUAAAAAGGAGUAAAUGUUUUAAUUCCAGUCAGACUCGAGACAAUACGACAUUGUUCUCAGUCCUUUCAUUUACAGUAUUUCCAGUAUGAUGGAAUUGUAAAAUGGUUAAGUAAAUGUAAAUAAAUAUUUUGAAAGACUUCAA